AUGGACUCUAGCAACUCCUACGGCGGCAGCAGCUCAAAGGGCACCUCACCCGAUGACAAGACCAAAGCGUACGACCAAUCUGCCAUCUUCGACGGCCUCCUUCCUCGGAUAGAGACGAGAGGGCAAAGCAAGCACUCGUCGAAGAAGAGCAGCGGCAAGAAGAAGGAAAGCAAAAGCUCAAGUCGACAGUAG